AUGCAAAGUUCAGAUGAAGCAAAUGAUUCAGACGAAGAAAGUUCAGUUGAAGCAAAUGAUUCAGAUGAAGUAAAUGAUUCAGACGAAGAAAAUUCAGAUGAAGCAAAUGAUUCAGACGAAGAAAAUUCA